AUGAAACGAGAAACUGACGAAAAUGGCUUCGAAGGCGGUUAUAUGGCAUGUAAAAUCGCCAAACUCGAAGAACAGUUCAAACUGCGUCAAGAAAAAGGCGAACUAAAGUCAAAUCUCUUCGAGGGAAUUUCAAUUUUCGUGAAUGGAUACACAAGACCGUCGCCAGAAGAGCUAAAACUCAUCAUGGCAGAGCACGGAGGAGUUUUUCACACAUAUCAGAGAUCAUGGACAACGUUCGUCGUCGCCAACAAUUUGCCUGAUGUCAAAAUACGAGCCUUGGGAAAGGACAAAGUCAUUCGAGCUGAUUGGAUUGUCGAUUGUUUGGAAGCUGGCAAAAUUGUCGACUACUCAAAAUACUUGCUGUACAACGAAAAAUCCGAUCAACCGAGUUUAUUUCAGUUUGGCGAACGAAAGACCAGCGAAAAAGUCGAAUCGAAGCCCGGAGGCGUCAAUGACUCGCAAUUAGAGCUUUUAUGUCAAACUGUUCGAAUGGAAUUUGAAAACUCCAAUGACUCAACAGACAAAAUUCUUGUUCAACCAAAAGCUUUGGGGAAUGGACCAAAGUGCGCUACAGAUCCGGGAUUCUUGAAGGAAUUUUUUAAAAAGUCUCGUUUGCAUCACAUUGCAACUUUGGGAGCGAAUUUCAAGCAAUACGUCACGGAAUUGCGCAAAAAACAUGCAGGAGGAUUUCCGUUGAGGGCAAAAAUGAUGGAAAAAGUUACAAAAUCCUGCCCCGAUUCGCUUGAGGAAAAAAAAGUUAUCAUGCAUAUCGACAUGGAUUGCUUUUUUGUGUCAGUUGGGCUCCGAAAUCGUCCUCAUUUGCGCGGGAAACCUGUUGCAGUGACACAUUCCAUGGGCUCUGAAGCGGGAAAUUUGUCACAUCGACCGGGGGCAAACAGAGAACUUGAGUUUGAAAUGUACCGCAAACGGUUUGAAGAGAAGCACGAUGUUCAAGGAUCGACAGAUAAUAAUAAAGUUGACUCGAAACUCGGAAAAACAGCGGCGGGAAUGAAAGAAAGUAAUAGUUCGUUGGCGGAAAUUGCUUCUUGUAGUUAUGAAGCUCGAAAAUUCGGGAUCAAAAAUGGAAUGUUCGUUGGAGCUGCAUUAAAACUUUGUCCCGACCUUCAAACAAUUCCUUAUGAUUUUGAAGCAUAUUACGAAGUUGCUCAAACUCUCUAUCGCAUAAUUGCUCAAUAUACAUUGGAUAUCGAGGCUGUUUCCUGCGACGAGAUGUUUGUAGAUCUUUCUGAGUUGCUGAUUUCGACAAAAUUAGACGUCAUGAGUGUCGUUUCCUUCCUUCGCGAUGAAAUCAAAGAAGCAACAGGAUGUCCUUGUUCCGCUGGAUUGGGCAAAAACAAGCUUCAAGCACGUUUAGCGACAAAAGAAGCAAAACCCGAUGGUCAACAUUGGAUGCGAAACAUCGACGAGUACAUCAAAAGUCUUCCGAUCACCGAAUUACCGGGCGUUGGUUACAGCACUUCCGUCAAAUUGGAGAAAUUGGGCUUAAAAACGUGCGAAGAUCUCCAAAAUUUGUCUCUGCCGAAGUUACAUCUCGAGUUUGGCAAGAAAUUCGGCGAAACUUUGCAUCAAUUUUGUCGCGGAAUCGAUACGAGACCUUUGCAACUCGAACACGUUCGUCAAACAAUUUCCGUUGACGUGAAUUACGGCAUUCGCUUUAAGACCCACGAUGAAGUAGAGACUUUUUUGCAUCAAAUUGCCGAAGAAUUGCACGAUCGCAUGUCAGAAAUCAAUCAUAAAGGCAAAAAAUUGACUUUGAAAAUUCUUGUGAGAGCAAAAGAUGCUCCAAUUGAGACAGCAAAGUACCUUGGAACGGGUUUGUGUGACCCGGUGAACAAAACUUUGCUCUUACAAGAAGCCACAAAUGACAAAAACGUCAUCGCAGAUGCAAUUAUCAAGCUUUAUCGUGAAAUGAAGCUCCCUCCUGAGGAAUUACGAGGCAUCGGAACAUCAAUGGCAAAGUUGGAGACAAGUACGAGUGAAGUAAAAGUCAAUCGGAUCAUGGAAAUGUUCAAAAAUGUUCAACCAAAGAAGAUUAUUGAGAGUCCAAAGGCAUCAACAUCGACAAUGAACGUUACAAAAGUCACUAAAACUCCUCCGAAACGUCGAGGACGCCCAUCAAUGAAGACACAAACCCCCCAAAAAAGCACAAUUCCAAAUAUUUUUCAAAAAGUCACCCAAUCAAAGGUUGAAACGAAGCUCGAUGAUGAUUUUCUGUCAGCUUUACCCGAAGAUAUUCGUCAAGAAGUCCUCAGAGACCAUCAGAAACUUAUAAAACAAGAAAAAGCUCAACUCAAAUCCAUCCAAGAGCCUGAUUCAACAACAGUUUUUAUCGAAAAUGAUGAAAUUUCGAACGUUUCCCGCCCCGAAAUUAAUCCUGACAACAUUUUUCUUCGUGAAGAUUUCGCCAUUGUCAUUGGAAACUGGAUUUCCAUCAUUGAAGCUCCCACAGAAGAUGACUUUGAGGCGAUGAAAUUUCACGCUACUGAACUAAUUCAACACAAAAACUUGUCUCCGUUGUAUUUGGCGUUGCGACUUUUGUGUCGAAAGUUAAAUUCGCUCGAUUGCCCGACAUGGCAUUGGUAUUACAAUGGAAUUGUAGAAGCGAUUCAAGUAGAAAUGUGGUCCAAAUGGAAUCGAACGCUUGCUGUGAAUGCUUUGGAUUGUCCCAAAUGUGAGAAAAAACGAUGAUGAUAAGAAAUGUGAUAAUUUUUUCAUAAUAAAUGAGUCAAAAUGUGAUAAAAAGCGGUGUUUCCGUUAGACAAGUGCUCUUGUUGCAGUAGAAGUUUGUCUAACAAAGCGUUGAGAUGUCGAAAAAAGGUCGGAAAAUCGUAAUUGACGAUGAAAAUAUCGACGACAGGGAGUUCAUCGCUCACAUUUCCGAUUCCAUUCUCAAAAUAACGCAAUUUUUGAAUGAUUUCGAUAAAACUUGUCGCCAAAAACUCGCCUUGUUGGAUGCAAAACUGACAAAUUUGGAG